GAUUUGAUUUAUAUCCACUAGACCACAAUACCCCUUUUCCCUCCUCUUUUUCUUUUUUGGCCUUUUGUGUUUUCUCCCCCUACCAUUUUGCCUCUCUUAAGAGUGAGAUAAUAAAGCAAAAGCAGCAAUAGUGCUAGUAAUACUACUAUAGUAGCAUCAUAAAAAAAGCAUACUAAACUAGUUUAUAAGUAAGUCUCAAGAACCCUCAUUUCUUUUUUAUGUACCCUCUUUCAUUUUAGCUCUUUCAAACCAAACACUCACACAAGAAAAAAAAAAGAACAUGGAAGAUCAAUGCAGCCCUCUUAGCUGGCCUUAUAACUACUUCCUAGAAGAGGGGAUAGAGGAAUUGAAGCAUUCUUUGGUGUACACAACAUUGGAGUUGGAAAACACUGUUAUCUCUGCCCAUGAGGAACUUGCAAGAAAAGAUGAGGAGAUUUUGCAACUCAAGGAUCUUUUGACAAGAAUUAUGAAAGAAAGAGAUGAAGCACAAGGCAAAUGCCAAAGGCUUCGAAUGGAGAAAGUCUUACUCCAACAACAACAACAACAACAAAUGCAAUUACAAUUCCAAUUUCAGAAGCAGAACCAAAAUGUUGUUAUAGAAAGUGCACCUAUUUCUAGUGGCACAACAAUUAGUCAGGAUAAUCAAGAACAUGACCAAAUUUUAAAAGGAGUAGUUGACUCUAACAACAACAUAGGAGUACUUUCUAAUUCUUCAGAUUGUGAUGAAAACAAUGUUGUUUCCCCUCCACUAUUAGUCCAAGAUUUAAUGGAAAAAGUUGUUGUCAAGAAGCCAUUGCCAGAGAAAGGGAAAUUCUUGCAAGCUGUGAUAGAAGCAGGGCCACUACUUCAAACACUUUUAUUAGCAGGGCCACUUCCUCAGUGGCAACAUCCACCACCACAACUCAACUCAAUCGACAUUCCUCCGGUCACUAUUACCUCGCCUACUCCGCGGUUGCUCAACCAGGACUCCGCCCUGAGUAGUAGCACCGCGGCUGGCCCUGGUGCCGGGCCAUGUUUUGGGAAGAAAAGGGAUUUUGAUACUACUACUUCCCCACAGUCUAUUUCAAAGUAUCAAAAAGUUGUUCACCAGCCAUCAUUGACCAACAUGUAGUGCUUUUCUUUAUUUUCCCACCUCUAUAAUUAGCUCACUUUAGCUAGUCUUUUUUUAACCAUUUCUCGUCUGAAAUUUACUAGCCUGACUAAUUUGGAUUCGCACCACUUAGGGCCGGAAAGGUGCUUUCUAAAGGCAGAGGAAUUUCAUCCAUCCCGCCACGGCCUUGUUGGUUCAUUUUAGCUAGUAGCAUAUGCAUUAACCAUCCUUUUCAUACCGUUUAAGAAAGGUAUGGAAAAAGGAGGUAAAAAUUACUAUCAGCAUGAAAAUGGAGGCUAUCAUGCACAUGUCAUUUUCCAUCCAAUUAGGAUCUUUGUAAAAUUAGUUGGUUUGCCUUAGAAACUAAGCAAUCUUCAUAAUUAUUAGCUAACCAAGAUUUAGAGGAUUUUGAAAAAAGGCCUAAUUAUGAAUGGCCUUUUACUUAGUUGGGGUUUUUGAAAGAUCAAUGUCUCACUAUAAAGGUGUUGGAUUCUUGAUCAUGACUUGGUGCUUUGUUUUUAAGCCCUUUGAUUUGGAUGGAGAGAGGAGUUUGAUCUUUAUGUUUAUAACCUUUUGAUUUUAAUUAUUUCCCCCUGUAAUAUUAGUUGGGGUGGCUUUUAUAAUUCUCCAAAUGUUGGGGAAUUUUUCUAAUAUGUAUACUUUGCUAUCUUUUUUCUCUUAGUCUUUUGCAUAAAAAUAUUGUGCAAGGUGUAUCUUGAGAGAUUAUGAUGUUGUAGACUUGUUUGUCAUCAUUGAGAAGAUGAUUUAGUUUAAUGAAGGCUUUGUUUUCUUUUU